AUGACGGCCACCAAGAUCGAUGGCAAGGCCAUUGCGCAGAGCAUCCGGACGCGCCUGGGCGCUGAGAUCCAGAAGCGCCAGGAGACCAAUCCCAGGUACAAGCCGUCGCUGAGGAUCGUGCAAGUCGGGACCAGAGAGGAUUCCAGCACUUAUGUGAAAAUGAAGCUGAAGGCCGCUGAAGAGGCCAACAUCGAAUGCAAGCUCGCCUCCUUCCCCGAAGACACCAGCGAGGCGGAGCUCCUCCAGCAGCUCACCGAGUUCAACAACGACCCCACUAUACACGGAAUCCUCGUCCAGCUUCCUCUCCCAAAACACAUCUCCGAACACGCCGUUACCUCAGCUGUUGCCGACGAGAAGGAUGUGGAUGGAUUCGGCAUUGCCAAUAUUGGAGAACUCGCAAAGCGCGGUGGCCACCCACUGUUCACACCAUGCACACCGAAAGGUGUUAUGGUGCUGCUAGAAGCGAGCGGAGUUGACGUCAAGGGCAAGAGCGCCGUGGUGCUUGGAAGAAGCGAUAUUGUUGGCAGCCCGGUCAGCUAUCUGCUGAAGAAUGCGGACGCCACAGUCACGGUGUGCCAUUCCCGGACCCAAAAUCUGCAGCAGGUGGUCAAGCAGGCGGACAUCGUGGUCGCUGCUAUCGGACAACCAGAACUUGUUAAGGGAGAUUGGCUCAAGCCUGGAGCGGUGGUCAUUGACGUUGGCACGAACUACAUCAAAGACCCCUCAAAAAAGUCCGGCCAGCGCUGCGUCGGAGACGUGGACUACCAGUCCGCUGUCGAGGUCGCCUCGCAAAUCACUCCAGUUCCCGGAGGAGUCGGCCCAAUGACAGUAGCAAUGCUUCUCCAAAACGUUGUCAGCUCGGCAGAUGCAUACUUCGAGCGACAGAAGCAGCGCCACGUCACUCCGUUGCCACUCAAGCUUCUCGACCCGGUCCCCUCAGACAUUGCAAUCUCCCGAGCUCAACAUCCCAAAUACAUCACCAACGUUGCGCAUGAAAUAGGUGUUCUGAAUCACGAGUUAGAACCGUACGGUGCGUACAAAGCCAAGGUGGACCUGUCUCUUUUGAAGAGGCUGGAGCACCGGCAAAAUGGGCGCUACAUCCUAAUCGCGGGCAUCACCCCAACACCUCUGGGCGAGGGCAAAUCGACAACCACCGUUGGUCUUACACAAGCUCUAUCCGCUCAUCUGGAUCGAUUGGCGUUCGCAAACGUGCGACAACCCAGUCAAGGUCCGACGUUCGGUAUCAAGGGAGGAGCGGCAGGGGGAGGAUACAGUCAAGUCAUCCCCAUGGACGAGUUCAACCUCCAUUUGACUGGCGACAUCCAUGCAAUCACUGCCGCGAACAAUUUGCUAGCGGCUGCCAUCGAAACAAGAAUGUUCCACGAGAACACACAGAAAGAUGCUGCGUUAUACAAGAGAUUGGUUCCUACUAAGAAGGGAAAGAGACAGUUUGCCAACGUAAUGUUCCGAAGACUGAAGAAACUCGGCAUAGAGAAGACAGACCCGAAUAGCCUCAGCGAAGAUGAGAUCCAUAGAUUUGCAAGAUUAGACAUCGACCCAGAUACCAUCACUUGGAGACGCGUUCUAGACGUAAACGAUAGACAUCUGAGGGGAAUCACAAUCGGCCAAGCGUCGACAGAGAAGGGCCAGGCCCGAGAAACCGGGUUCGACAUUUCUGUGGCCAGUGAGUGUAUGGCCGUGUUGGCCCUCAGCAACUCGUUGGCCGAUAUGCGAGAACGGCUUGGCCGCAUGGUCGUCGCAAGCUCUCGAAGCGGCGAUCCCGUGACUUGCGACGACAUUGGUGCUGGUGGCGCACUCGCGGCUUUGAUGAAGGAUGCCAUCAAGCCUAACCUCAUGCAGACACUGGAGGGGACGCCUGUGUUUGUGCACGCAGGUCCCUUCGCAAACAUUAGCAUCGGAGCGUCAUCAGUACUAGCAGACAAGCUCGCCCUCAAGCUUGCCGGAACAGAGCCCGACGAGAACCACGAAGAGAAGACCGGCUUCGUUGUGACCGAGGCAGGCUUCGAUUUCACCAUGGGUGGUGAGCGUUUCUUCAACAUCAAGUGCCGAUCCUCUGGCCUUGUUCCCGACACCGUUGUCAUUGUCGCGACAGUCCGUGCCCUCAAGGUCCAUGGCGGAGGACCGGACAUCGCUCCCGGAGCCCAACCCCAAGAAGUUUACCGCACCGAGAACAUCGAUCUUCUCCGCAAGGGCUGUGUAAAUCUCAAGAAGCACAUUGAAAAUGCCAGGCAGUUUGGAAUUCCUGUUGUCGUAGCUAUAAAUCGCUUCUCCACCGACACAGAAGCCGAAAUCGCUGUUAUUAAGGAAGAAGCUAUCGCAGCUGGCGCUGAAGACGCCAUCCCCGCAAACCACUGGGCAGAAGGUGGUAAAGGAGCCAUCGACCUCGCCAAGGGAGUCAUCGCUGCAUCCUCCAAGCCGAAAGACUUCAAAUUGCUCUACGAUCUCGACGGUACUGUGCAAGAGCGGAUCGAGAAAAUCGGAAAGCUCAUGUAUGGCGCUGAAAAAGUCGAGUUCUCAGAGCUUGCGCAGAAGAAAGUCGACACCUACGCCAAGCAAGGCCUCAGCAACCUCCCCAUAUGCAUCGCAAAGACGCAGUACUCGCUAUCGCACGACCCGACUCUCAAGGGUGCGCCCACUGGAUUCACUGUACCUAUCCGCGACGUCCGAAUGGCGGCUGGUGCGGGCUAUUUGUAUGCACUUGCAGCUGACAUUCAGACGAUUCCUGGUCUGCCUACUGCACCGGGCUACCUGAAUGUGGAUUUAGAUACAGAGUCUGGCGAGAUUGACGGACUGUUCUAG